AUGGAGUUGCUCAACCCUUCGCUGAAACACCCCGUGGCCUACCAUGACCGAUACUAUGAGAGUGACAGCGGGUUUUCAGCGGACGACUACAGUUCUGUGGACCCUGUUGCGGCGGCAUCAUCAGAGAUCACCUCUGUAACAUCCAGAGCGUCCAAGAACAAGAGCGUCCUCAAGUUAAUCACGCGAGAUGAUGGGACAGUAAUCACUUUGGACGAGAAUGCAGUGCUUGCUGAUAACGUCCACGAUCAUGGGAUCGAGGAUGAUGCCGGUGACGGCGAGGAGUUGGACGUCGACCGUCGGAAUCCCCUGGUCAUUUCCUUCAAAGAGGACGACCAGGUCCAGGAUGCAAGAACUCGUAAAGGACAGAAGCAGUCUAUUCAUUUUUUGACUCGACGAGUCAAAGCUUCCUGGCUGGACAACACUUACCAAAAGGCCAUUGCCCGGGCCAGAGCACGACUUGCCGAGGGCAACUGGCCCCAGUACCCUGAGGAGUGGAGAUUGCCUCACGCUCCUGUACCGGCUCGACCUGACUUUACAAGAACUGGUCCUAUAACCUCACUCAAAGGUGGUUACCUUGAGGCGAAGAGAAAUAGGAAAGAGCGUAGAAAAAGGAGCGGGACUUUUCCAAGAACUAAAUCCGACGCGAAGUGUGCCGAAAAGCAAGCUACACUUCCACCUAUUGAUGCAUUGUACGACAGUCUCUUCGCCAACUUAUCUGCCAGCUACCCUUCUCACCUCUUAAGGAAACGAUGGGAGGCCUCCGCGGCAGCGUCGUCGUCCUGGUCGACGUCGGUUUCGUCAGAUCCGAACAGCACCGACUAUCUUCCUUUCGUCGGUACUGCCCGUCUCCACCCCAAGGAACUCACCCCUACCGUUCGGCGGGAUGACAGCUCCCAACCUCCAAAGUUCUGUUCCGGUUGUACAGCCGAGCUUGCUCAUCAAUCUGGUGUCAAGGCACCAAUAUUCAUUUUUGACAAUCCCGCGGAUGACACGAAUGUUGAUCAAGGGGGCAUCGAGCAUGCGCAGUUGCUUCCACAAAAUGGCCCCGCCCAACAACACGUUGCUACCACUCAAGUCUGCUAUGGUUGCUCUCUCAGCAAAGUACCACAUGUCCAUGUGACGAAGCCACGUCGUGUAGGUGGUGGUUACACCAUGUUCCAUCAAACCGCCGAGCCAUACAGCGGACAAAUCGUCAAAGAUGGCGGUUCACCUCAACCAUCAUCGGGUAUAUCAGCCGACAUGUCUUCUAGCGAUGAUGACAUCGAAAGCAACUACGAUGCCGAGAUCGACGAGGGAGAAUGGGCGAUGUUGAAUUACAUCAACGUAGCGAAACUGGAGCAGCCGAUUCUCCCGCUCCCGUCGAUCCCGCGGGAGAAACCGCCCCCGAUCCCGCUGUCUAUCAUGGAGAAGAUCAGGGCAGGAGACGUCAAGGGGGUCAGUUUGCAUGAACAACACUGCUACGCUUGUCGCGAAGCUCUCAAACACUAUUGGCCAGAAUACUUCACCUUGAGAGACGAAUCAGAUGACUCCGGGGUUGCCACCCGUGUUGCUUCAGAAGCUCUUAAAGAAGAAGAGCGCCGCCAAGAGGAAAGAAAACGACAGUUAGAAGAAGCUCGAAAGUUGAGACUGGAAGAAGAGGUGAUACGAAAAGAGGAGGAGGCGGAGAGGAGGAAGAAUCUAUACAAACCUCCUAAAGCAUUUCAGUUGAAGAAGACUGAGAAGAACGUGAUUGAAUCCAAGGAUCCCUUCUCCUCAGAUCGAAAUCUAAACAUUCCAAAAAGUGAAGGAUUCAAACUGAAGAAAACUGAGAAACAGACGACGAAGUUUGCCGAGCACACCCGACAGGAAACCGAAUGGCAAGAGCCUCGAAAAUUCGAGUUGACGAAGACUGAACCGAAGACGACAAGCACGGUUUGGAAGCCACCGGAAAGACCCGAACGGCUCCGGCCGCUGACCCCACCUCCGCCACCGCCUGCACCGAAGGGAAAGAAACCCACGGUGCCUAUUGAGCCGAAAAAGCGCGAACCUCCUCCGAAGAAGCCCGAUCCUCCACCACCACCGCCGCCGAAACCUGUCGAAAAGCCGAAACCGGUCGAAAAGCCCAAACCUGUCGAAAAACCCAAAGAGCCUCCACCACGAAAAAGCGAGCCCAAGCCAGAACCGAAACCAAAACCCGCACCAAAACCUAUCGAAAAACCCAUUAAAGAACUGGCCAAACCGAAGGAAGUCCCCAAACCUAAAGAACCUCCAAAAGAAAAAGUGCAACCGGAACCGAAACAGAAGCCACAGAAGAAAGAAGUAACAAAGAAAGUUGAACCGGUUAAGAAGGAACUACCGAAACCAGUUGAGAAACCGAAGAAAGAAGUGGAAGAACCUCCUAAAAAAGAGAAACCUGUCAUCACAAUAGAGGAUCAUGUGAAGGAAAAACCCAAACCGGUUGAAAAGGAGAAACCCAAACCGGUUGUAAAGGAGAAACCAAAGCCGGUUGUAAAGGAGAAACCAAAGCCGGUUGUUAAGGAGAAACCCACACCAAUCGUGAAGGAGCAACCGAAGAAGGAAACUCGGCCAGUUAAGAAACAAGAGCCUCCAAAGAAACCAGUAGCAGCACCUCAACGGGAUCCAAACCCACCACCAAAAGUGGCCAUGCCUCCACCUCCCCCACGCGAACCCAGCCCCCCUCCACCAAAGGAGCCGACACCACCUCCUCUGAAAGAACCCACUCCGAAACCGCCGCCAAGAGACCCUGCUCCGCCGAAGCCAAAGAAAGAAACAAAACCUCCACCUGAGAGAAAGAAACCCCAGAAACAGAAAAAGAAAAGUAAAAAGAAUCAGGAAGAAAAAUCAAGGAAGGAAUAUGUCAAGAUACCCAUUAUACCAUAUAAGUCACCAGAAAAAGAUCCAGCACCUCCACCGAAACAAGACCCCCUCCCACCGCCUAUUCCUGACCCACCUGUUGAACCCAUACAGAAAGGUGUUCCUGCCUCUGAACCGGAACAAGUUAAGCCUCUCUCCCUUCAAUCCAAAGACAAAGAGCCUAAAGCGAAGGGCAAUCCUCCGAAGAAGACCCGACGAGCCAAAGUUCCAAAGAGGGUGAGGAAAGAGAGUAAACCCCUCGGAGUGGCCGCGCCUAUGCCAGUCAGGCCGCCACCAUCAGACGAGUGGGUAUUGCCGGACACAGGGCCGAGGCUUACGGACAUCGAAGUGCCUAUGUUCCCGGUAGCUCGCAAAGUAGAAGCACAAUUCCCGCCGCUUCCCGAAAUCGCCGUUCCCGUACCAGCCCCGAAACCAGCCGAAGAACCCGUUCCCGAGCCUCGGAAACAACCCAUGCCGGUGCCCCAGCAACCAGAGGCCAUUAUGUGGAGGAGGCGACCCGAAUACAAACCUAAGAAGAAAAAAUGGCGGAAGGUUGAGGCAAGCGGCAAUCCACCUAGCAGCCCAGACCCAGCCGUUAGAGAUCCGCUCGACUAUCUUGCCAAGUACUGCAUCGUCCACAAAGAACGGGUGCCCCAUUACCAGCGAAUCUUCAACACCCAUCUUCGAAGUACAGGGGUCAACGUCGAAGACCGUACGUUACGACAGUGGAUGAACACGACGACGACGGCGAAGGACAAGGCAGUCGGUGACCACGAUGCCGAUGAUCAAUCCGAGACGGGAUCAAUAAUGACAGAACAAUCAUCCGGAUACGGAAGUGCAAUAGUGAGGUCAAGUGAGGUCAAUCUCGAGUUCAAAAGUGACUUAGAAGAGUUCAAUGCCACCUUUAAAAACACGCCCAUGGAGGUCAAUGAAGACGAUUAUGUCAGUCCGAUGAAGCUGUCGGCGGACGAUGCCGAGAAUGAUGGCGGUAAAGGCGGUGGGAAAGAUUCCGACGUUGAUAGCGGCAGAGCAGACAGCGCCUCCAGCGACAACCCGGAAAGAAUGUUGCGGGCGAAGAUUGCAUCGUAUGGAAUUCAAGACAAAUUUGACGUAGAAGAAAAACUGGACAAGAGCCGCUUUUUGUUAGAGAGGCAAGCGCAAAAAGUAUCCAGUUUGAAGGAGAAAGUUGUCCAGUUAGGAGCUUAUCGUGAUAAGGCGAUCGCAGACAUCGCACGGACCGAGUUCCUCGAGAUAUUCCGUUUCGACUGGGACCCGGAUGCUGCAGCAGCAGCUGAGGCAAAGAAGAAGAAGGACAAAAAGUCAAAGAAGAAGAAGAAAGACAAAGACUCCAAGACAUCGGAACCAAAGAGCGUGAUAAUUGGCGAAGCAGACACAUCAUCGCCACCAUCAUCAUCGUCGUCAUCAAAGCCGUCAGAACCGGUUAUAACCGGCGGUUUCAAGUUUCCUGUCCUGAAAAAUGGGACCGACCAGUGGGUUCUGAGCCGAAUGACGGACAAACAGGUCGCUAUGGCCGAGACUGAUGCCGAGGUUUGCCGACUCUCAGUCAGCAAACAGAUCACAGAGGAGAGAUUGGAAGCAGCGAACAAACAAAUCAAAGAACGAGAAGGUGAGACGAAGAUGUUGGAAGAACUGGAGACGAAGAUGAAAGAGAACGAAUCAUCUGAACGGAUGGCAUCUAAACCAGAGUUUAGAAGGAAACAAAGUACUCUCUUUAAUAUGAUGAACCAAGAAGAGCCAUACGAAAUCGAGACGACGAACAUGGAAGGUCUACUGCAAAAAGUCAACAGCCACUUGAUAUCAGAAAAAGAAUGUCAAUAUGUGUAUCAUGUUCUUGAUUUACCUCAGCGGCGUCGGAUCGAUUUCAAGCUCUUCACCAUUGUUGCAGCCUUGUCUGAGAAAAUAUCAAAACUGGACCCUUUUAUAAAGAAACUCAUCAACAAGAUCAACUUCGAGGCCCUGGAUGUGAAGAUGGAUCGAGCCAAGGAGCUGUUCUAUCUGCUGGAGGACGAGGACGAGCACGGUUUCCCCGGGGAAGUCCCCGUCAGGAACUUGCAGGUAGAGCUAGAGGCAGGAGGCCUUCGAAGGGAGCAUGCCGACCUGGUGAUGGAGAAGUUUACCCGAGAAGGCAAAGGAACAGUAGACUUCCUGGACUUCUUGACUUACAUCCCUCUCUUCAUCGACCUGCAUGAAAGCAUCAUUUCCGAUCCUCUCUACGCUACCAAGGACCUGUGAGGAUACCCUAUUGAAAGACCUUUGACCUCAAGCGCACCUAAUCAUGAUGCAGUAAAGAGAAGAGGGGAUGAGGAAGGGGAGGGGGUGUACCUUAACAAAACAAAAUAUAGGACCAAAGAUUGAAACAAUUGAAUUAAAAAUAUGGUCACUUCUUUUUGAAUGGAUGUACCUGCUGAUAACUUGCACCAAUGAACGUGCUUCUCAUCGAUGAUAGUCAUCCUAUAUUACACUCUCCUGUGGAGAAUAUUUCUUUUGAUACUCGAGUAUAGAAAAGAGUUUAAGAGAUUGGUCAGUUGACCAAUAUUGAACGUAGAGGAGUGAAAAUUCCACUCUUUGAGGUGUCAUAAUUAUUAUGGAUUACUUCCCCUCAAAAGUAUAGUUGAAUUCACUCCAAAGGAGUGGAUGAAUCACUCUUUUUAGAGUGGAUUCCAUGUUUAUCAUAUAUUUCCACUCCAGAAAGGAAGUGAUCCUUAAUAUGACUCCCCACAUAGUGGAUUUCCACAUUUUUACAUUCAAAAGAGUAAAUGAAAAUAAAAUAUAUAUGAAGUUGAAGUCCCCGUUUAAGACGAUACCAACACGGUUAUUAGUCUAAGAUCGUAGCGUUAAUCCACACCCUUUUUUGUAAAAAAGGGUCAAUGGAUAUUUACAUUGUUAUAUUAUUGUAAGAAUCAGCCUGAUUAUAUUGAAGCAAGUAACUAGUUUACCAUUCCAUCCAACGCUCUAUAUUAGAUAUCAUCUUCAGGGUAUAUAUCAUUGUGUUAUGAUUCGUGCAUAUAUUACUAUCAAGGUAUCGCCUCCCGGUUCGGAGGUUGAUUGCAACAUUUUUUUUCUCCAUAUAUCUCUGUUUUCUGCCAUCCUAGUACACUUUCGCAGUGUCUUUCCACUUCAUGUCUCAAUGUUCCCAUCCCAGUUAGUUCUUGGUUGCCCCUCUUGAUAUAUUAAUACCCGUGUUCAAUAUACCGUACAUAUAUAGUGUCAGAGCAUGACACUUUUUGUUCACUGUUCAAAUGAUAAUUGCUUGUUUAUUGGGUGUGGGAUGUGCAUUCUAGAAAUCACCCUGCAGCAUAAUAAUUGCGACUGGUACAUGUAAAUACCUAUUAGUCUAUGACAAUCAAGAAACUUUUGUAGCUUUGUAGUAAUAGUAGAGGUUUGUCGUAAGCAGGGUUUAAUGGUUCACCUGUACAGAUAUCGAAGUAAAAUGGUCCAAAGACAGUGGUCCGAAUUCUUCGACACCAUAAUCAUUUUCAAUGCAUAACAAUCUGUUUUUCUUUAAUAUUUUCGCCAUCUACUCUCGGUUAUUUCUUUUUUUUUAUUUUCUUUUCUGCCUGUCUCAUUCUUUGAUUUUGAUCCACUUUUAUAAUACCUUUCACUGAACUUCUAAAACUAUUUUAUCAGUGAUUACAUUACAAUGUUCUUCCUUUAAUUGUUUACCUCCCCUUUCUCUCUCUCUCUCUCUCUCUCUCUCUCUCUCUCUCUCUCUCUCUGUCUCUCUCUCUCUAACUCUCUGUUGAAACUUAGUGAUACAUCUUUAUCAUCUUCCUUUUCCUCGUUUUUUUUAUUAUUGCAUACUAUGACGUUAAUGAGCGUGUGCAAUCUUAUAAUAAGAAAAUAUAUUCUUGGCACUUUAUAUAGGAUCAUGAUGCAGUUUCUAGAGUUGAAUUUUUAUUUCAAGAGCUGUCAUUUUAUAUGAGCGAUGUAAUAAUAUGUGUAGUCUAUGAAGCAAUCUUGUAUGUUUCACUGCGAGCAAUCAACCAUUAUGUAUAUAUUUUACCUCAAUGUUCAAUCAUUGAUGUCGUCUUUCCCUGUAUUCAUCAACUCUUCAUAUGGACUAUAGUAUCUUUAUUUGUAUGCUUUUUAGUUUGUAUGACCAACGUGUUCAAAUUACCGUCAACCAUACUUUUGAUCUGCAAUAUCCUGGAUUUUGUUUAUGAUUUUUUUUGUUUCUUCAAGAUUGUGACAAAAAUAAUAGGCUACUUUAAAAAAAAAAAAACACCAGAAGAUAUUUAAGAUAACAGCUUUCCGCAACGAAUCGCAUAUUUAUGAUUAUGAUGUUUUCGCUUGCAAAGUUGAACCUUUCUCUUUACCAUAUUGUCUAAAAUUGUGUGCAUAAAUAUUUUAUCUUGCCAUAUAUUAAGCAAGGUAUGGUUAGUGUGUUAUAUUGAGGGGAGGCUGGGGGGGGGGGGGGGCGCUUUGAAUGGAAAGAUACGUUUUUACUCCAAUAUUUAUAGACUUUUGUAAUUUCUUAUAAUUUACCACGUUACAUUUUCAGCGUGGUAGCAUACAGGCCUAUAAAACUCUUCAGAAAAAAAGCCACUAAAUCUAGAAGCUGACUGUCAACGUUUUCUAUCAAACUCAUCUCACCAGGGGCUAAAUAUCCAUCAGUAGCCGAAAAAUUCAUUUAAAACGCUUAAAAUACUGCUAAUGAUUCAUAAGAUACUGCAAAAGUCAAUUAUGACUGAAUUGCCUUGAAACCCAAUCAAACAAACAAAACAAUUCUUCUGAAAAAUAACUAAAAUGAUCAAAGUUAAAGAAAAGAAUGAAACAUUUUGUGUGAGGAAUUAUAUAUUUAUGGAAAUUAAUACUAACAUUAUAAUACAGAGAUACAGGUGUAUAAGUUUAAAUUAAAUACGAAUGUAUAUUGUGCAAUGCUGAUGAUGAACUAAUUUGCUAUAGUGUAUAAGUUUGCCGAAUAUUGUAUGAAGCAAUAAAAAGAUAAAGUUAUUUACAUAUA